AUGGUUGAGGAAAUGCGUAUCCACUUUAGUUACAAUUCCCCCAAAAAAAAAAAUUUUUUUUUUUAUGUCUUAAUAUUCAUUAUUUUUUUUGUAAUACCGAAUUAUUCUUACAUAUUAGAGAGGAAAUCGCUAUUUUUGACACCACGUUUAUAUAGAAAAACUUAUAAGAAUUUCAAGAAAAAUUCCAACAAAUUGGAUUCGAAUCAAAAGCUCUUUAUUGGAAAAUGCUUUUGUAAUGAACAUGAAAAAAAAUAUGAUGUUAUAGUUAUAGGUGGGGGACAUGGCGGCUGCGAAGCUAGCUAUAUAAGUGCAAAAUUAGGAGCCAAAACAUUAUUAAUAACUCAAUGCAAAGAAAGCAUAGGAGAAAUGUCAUGCAACCCAUCUAUUGGAGGAAUAGGGAAAGGAAUACUUGUAAAAGAAAUAGAUGCAUUAGGAGGAUUAAUGGGAAAAGUAAUAGAUAAAAGUGGAAUUCAUUUUAAAAUAUUAAAUUUAAAAAAAGGAUUAGCUGUUAGAGGGCACAGAGCACAAGCAGAUAGAGAUUUGUAUAAUUAUUAUAUGAAAGAAUAUAUGUUUAAUAUGCCUAAUUUAUAUAUCCUUGAAAAUACUGCCCAUUCAUUAUUAAUUGAAAAUUCAAUGACACGAAAUGAUAGUACAAAUAUGGAGGAAAAAAAAAAAUGCAAAUAUGUAUACGGAAUUAAAAAUAAAUGUUCGUGUGAAUUUUAUGCUGAUAAUGUUAUUUUAACUACUGGUACAUUUUUAGGAGGGAUAUGCCAUAUAGGAAAAGAUAAAUACAAAGGGGGUCGAAUUAAAAGGAUCCUAGGCAAGGGGAAGGAUAAUCAAUUGACAGAUGCAGGGACUAUUAAUUCAAGUAAAAUAAAGAAAGAAACCAACAAGAAUAAGAUGCAAAAAAUAAAUGACAUACAUAAUUGCAUUGGAAAUAAUAAUGAUAAUAAAAAUGAGAUGGAACCAAAUUCUAUCUUUUAUAACUUGAUUGAAGAAUCUACGAAAAAUAUUGCAACCCAACUUAAAGAAAACAAUUUUGAAAUAAAAAGAAUGAAAACCGGUACACCUCCAAGAUUAUGCAAAAACAGCAUAAAUUUUGAUAUUUUAGAAAAAGAAGGAACAGAAAAAAAACAUCCUUUUUAUUUUUCCUUUUUAAAUAGUAAUAAAAUAAAUAAUAAUAAAACAUUACCGUGCUAUAAAACUUAUACAAAUAUAAAAACCCAUGAACUCGUCAUAAAAUAUUUAAAUGAAUUACCAGAUUUUGAUUGUUAUGAUAAACUUGGCAAUGGACCAAGAUAUUGCCCAUCGAUAGCUAAAAAAGUUACAAAAUUUUCAGAAAAAAAAAAACACAUAAUAUGGUUAGAACCAGAAGGUUUUAACAAUAUAUUAAUAUAUCCAAAUGGGUUAAGUUCAGCCUAUCCAUUAAAUAGGCAACAAGAAAUUAUAAAUUCAAUAAAAGGUUUGGAGAAUGCAAAAAUACUUUUUCCUGCUUAUGAUGUUGAAUACUUUUAUGUUAAUCCCAAAUGUUUAAAUUAUACAUUAGAAACAAAAAUAAUUAAUGGAUUAUUUUUAUCUGGUCAAAUAUGUGGAACAACCGGAUAUGAAGAAGCAGCUUGUCAAGGAAUAGUUGCGGGAAUUAAUGCAGCAUUAAAUUCGUUAAAAAAAAAAAAUAUAAAUAUAUCAUCCAUAAAUAAUUUUGUAUUAACACGAAAUGAUAGUUAUAUAGGAGUUUUAAUACACGAUCUUAUAAAUAAAGGAAUUACAGAACCAUAUAGAAUGUUUACCUCUCGAGCUGAAUAUAGAUUAUAUUUACGACCUGAUAAUGCUGAUAUUAGAUUAACACCAAAGGUAGCAAAAUUAGGUAUAGCUUCAAAGGAAAGACUAUAUAUAUUAAAUCAUAAAUAUUACUCAGUUAAUAAAAUUAUAUCUGUUUUUAAGAAAUCAACUUUAAAUAAUUCGGAAAAUCAAAAGCUUAUAGAAGAAGGAACGAAAAAAAGAGAUCAAGCUAAUGGUAUUGAAAAUAAUUCUAUCAAAAAUAAUGAUGAUAGUGAGAAUGUUAUAAAUGAUCUGUCUCAUAUUUCUGAUGGAAUUCUACCAAUUACUAACAUAACCAACUACAAUAUUAAACAUAAAAAAAAAUUAUUUUUGAAUAGUAAUGAAGAUAAAAAAAAAAAUGAAACUAUCGAAACUAGCAAAAUAAGUGAUAGAUAUGUGGAUAUGAAUAAUAAUAAUAAUGACACUUAUCCCUUGACGUCAAACUAUAAUACUACUAAUAUAAACAUAGAGUUAAAUACUAAGAGUAAAGGAAAAAAUGGUGUAAAUACUGUUUAUAACAUAUUAAAAAGUGGGAUAGAAUGCUCGUUAAAUGUUUUGCAAAAUAAAUUGAAAGAAGUAGAAAACGACGGAAGAUUAAAAAAUAUAAUAUUGAAUAAGCAAAAUAAUUUAGACACAUAUAUAGAUAAUUAUGAUAUAAUAUACAAUUUAAAUUUUAAUGAAAUUUUAAUAAACAACUCAGUAUUAGAAACAGCAUGUGCUGAAGUUAAAUAUUCCUCUUAUUUAAAGAAGCAGAUAAACGAGAUAAACAAAAUCAAGAACAAUUUUAAUUUAGCAAUUCCAAAGACCAUAAAAUAUGAUAGGAAUAAUUUCCCUUAUUUGUCCAACGAAGAAAUUGAAAAACUCACCAAAUUCAGACCAUCCAAUUUGAAUGAGGCCAAUAAAAUCGAAGGUGUAACGAUGAGUGGCAUAUACUAUUUGUAUCAUUACAUAAAAAAAGAAAAAAAAGAAAAAAAUCAUGAAAAACAAGGCAACUAA